CUUACCUGCCGCCUCACCAAAAUCUGGGGCUUUAGGGGACCCUCCUGUUCCUGUGAAGAAGCAUGAGCAGUACAUCCAUUUUCCUGCCUGCCCCUCAGCCGGACGGCUCAGGCUUCUGCGCAGAUCAGGAAAGAAGGUUUCCAGAUGGAGCCAACCAGGUCCAAACCCUGGCAUUUGCACCUGUGGCCCGCAAAAGCCAGCCUCUGCCUUGGCACUCUCAUCCUCUCUCCAGGGAGAACACACUCUGUGCCUGUCCUGAGCCCAAAGGUUCAGAGAAUGGCUCAGAGGAGGGUAUCACUUAUGCCUCAGAGAACAUGGCAAUGUCAGCCGAUGAGGAGAAGUUGCUUCUGCUGCACAAGACUACAGAGCUCUGCAAGCUCAACAAAAAGCUUAUGAAGCUGAAUCAGGAGUGGGACCACAUCUACCGCAUAGCUACCUUGCAAAUGCAGCAGAAGAUGAGCACCCUACAGAUGGAGGUGGUUGGCUUCAAGCAGCAGACGGAGCGCCUGAUCAUAAAGCUCGACCACGAGCAGGAGCUUGAAAAGAACCUGCAACUCCGGGAAUAUGUGAGGUACCUUGAGAGCAGACUGCAGCAGAAUAACGAGCAGCAGACCAUGGUGAAUUUCUGCGAAGGCUAUGGUACUUCUCCAAUCCUGCUGACCAGGAGGAACUUAAGGGAUAGUGGCCAGUGCAGGCACGGGCUAGGCAGUGCCAAAGGACUGAAGACUAUGUGCUGUAAGCACCCGCUGGACAUCUCCCACUCGGAGAAAGAGAUGACUGACCUCAUCUAUCAGCGGGAGGCCUUGAAAUGCCAGACUGAAAUGUAUGAAGCUAAUUCCCUGACAGAGCACAAAGUCCAGGAGCAAAUGAAAGCAGAAAAUGAAAACCUGCGCCAGAAGGAAGAGGAGAUGAAACAGCAAAUGGCACUUUUGCAAGAACAGCUCAAGAUGUUUGAAGAUGACUUUAGGAAGGAUCGCACUGACAAGCAUAUCUUCCAACGGCUCCUGAACAGAUCUCGUGGCAAAAGCCCCAUCACUGGGGCCUCUGAGUACAGUACCAAAGAGAAGUUUGCUGCCUCUUCCAUAGUCACCUCCACCAGGCCUAAGGCAGGAGGCUGCAGCAAGCCAUGUGAGCGCCAUACACUGAAAAGCAACGAAGGCACAAAAAACUCUAAGAAGUGAGAGCGUGAGACCCAGGUGACCCCCUUAUACUGAGACUUUUAGGAAGUCCGAGGGGCAAACCCUUCAGGGAGCUUAGCCGUCUUCCCCAAUCAUUUUUCUCAAAGCUAAGACAAACAUCUAUAUACUGAGCACCUACUAUGAGCAACAUUUCCUUAACUGUGGGGCAUUGUCUUUCAAGCUCCCACAUUCCCUGUAGAAAGUGCUAACAUUUCUAGAAGUCAACUCUGUCCUAGCUUGGACCAUGCAUGGUUAGAUUGGGCCGAGGUCAGUAUAUGACUAGAGUGGGACGAGCUAUACAAGCAAAGCCACUGACCACAUUUGAGUCAUUUUGUUCAAACCAUGAGUUAGACUCGAACUCACCUUCUCCCCACCCAAAGGCUGAGAAUGCUCCUUCUAGCUUAAGUCAACUAGCAUUGUAUUCUGUGACAGGAAAGCAUGCUGUGGAUAGCAUUUGGCUUCCAGGUAGCACAUGACUCCAACUGCAGAAGAGUCAGUAGGCAGAAAAUAAACUCCAACUGAAAACUAAACCAGCAGAGAAUAGAAGGCAGUAUCCUUUGAAUUUAUAGUUUUAGGGAGAAUUCAUAACUAAGACAAGUAUAGAGGAGAUCACAAUAGACAAAAUAGAUUUUUGGGGGGGGGAUUAUAUGAAACUUAAGAGCUUUUGCACUAAUAGAAAUCAACAUAAUAACAUUAAAAAGAGAAACUGAUUGGGGAAAAAAUCUUCAUAGCGUAUAUCUCGAAUAAGGGUCUGAUAGCCUAGAUUUAUAUAGAAUUGAUACAAAUAUUUAAGACCAAGAACCAUUCCCCAAUAGAUAAGUGGUCAAAGAAUAUGAACAAAAUUUUCAAAAGAUGAAAUGUAAAUGAUCAAUGACUGUAUGAAAAACUGCUCCAUAUCACUAAUGAUAAGAGUGAUACAAAUCAAAACAACUCUACCAUUUUAUAUCAUACCCAGAAGAUUGUCAAAGAUGAUAAAAGAUGGAAAUAGUUAAUGUUAGAGGGGCUGUUAUGGCCAGAAAAGCCCCAAAAUACAUCAUUAGUGGAGCUGGGAAUUCGGCCAAUCAUUCAGGAAAACAACUUGGAACUCUGCUAUAAAGAUAUCUAAUUGUUUAGAUCUUUUGACACUGUGAUAUCAUUUUGCCGGGCAUUUAUCACAAGGUCAAAGACUGAGGGAAAUGUCCUGAACACACCAAAAUAUUUAGAGCAACACCUUUUGUGAUAGCAAGAAACUGGAAACAGGGUAGAUGCCCAUCACUUGGGGAAUGGCCGGACUAGUUGUAGUGUGUGAAUGCAACAUAAUAUUAUUUCUCUGUAAGAAAAACUAGCAUGAGUUUUAAUUGAAUGAAAUAGAAUCACUAGGUAUUUUUAAUUGACCUUCUCUCUUAAGUUGUCUUUAUUAGAGUCAUGGUUACCAGGUAUCUCAUAGAAGUAGAGGUCCUCUUCCCAUUUCUCUUUAGAAGCCCUGGUUUUCAGGAGAAUUGAUGUUCACUGCAGCCCUUCAUCCACACAGUGAAGGGGGAAGCCAUGUUCUUUUUUAUUUUCAUUUCUCCUGUCCACCCCUCCCCAAAACUUCCAUCAAUAUUUUCA